AAGCCGAGCUCCCUUCUCCCGGGGCGGCGCGGUUGUCGCUGCAGCAUGGGGCCCCUGGCGCGCACCGUGGAGCUCUUUUACGAUGUGCUGUCCCCCUACUCCUGGCUGGGCUUCGAGGUCCUGUGCCGGUACCAGAACGUUUGGAAUAUCAACCUGCAAUUUCGACCCAGCUUCAUUGCAGCCAUCAUGAAAGACAGUGGGAACAAGCCACCAGCUCUGGUUCCCCGCAAAGCUCAAUACAUGACAAAUGACCUUAAACUCCUGGGAAAGCAACUCCAAGUUCCUAUCCAGUUCCCCAAGGAUUUCUUCUCUGUGAUUCUUGAAAAAGGAAGCUUGUCUGCCAUGCGAUUCCUCACCGCCGUGAACUUGGAGCACCCGGAGAUGCUGGAGAAAGUGUCCAGGGAGCUGUGGAUGCGCGUCUGGUCACGGGAUGAAGACAUCACGCAGCCGCAGAGCAUCUUGGCGGCUGCAGAGAAGGCUGGUAUGUCUGCAGAACAAGCCCGAGGACUUCUGGAAAAGAUCUCAACACCACAGGUGAAGAACCAGCUCAAGGAGACCACCGAAGCAGCCUGCAGAUACGGGGCCUUUGGACUGCCCGUCACUGUGGCUCAUGUGGAUGGCCAAACCCACGUGUUAUUUGGCUCUGACCGAAUGGAGUUGCUGGCACACCUACUGGGAGAGAAGUGGAUGGGCCCUGUGCCUCCAGCCCCGGAUGCCAGACUUUAAGACUGCCUGGAGAAAGCCGACUAUUGGUAUAAAACAGUAGGCCAUCUGCCUAACCUCUCCUCCACCUUGGGCCACUAGGACUUGGAUUUCUCUAUGGACAGAGGUAUCCUCUGUGACCCUGGGGGCUGUCCCUCUUCCCCCUAUCCCCAGGGAUGCUGGGGAGGUGUCCACCCUUAGUCUUGUGGCUGCCCUUGAUUCUGUGCUUCACAAGUGCCUUUCAGAGAGCCCUAAAUUCUUUUUUCCCACAAAAUAAACAUGUUUCUGGA